AUGGUAGAGAAAUGUAUUGAAGUCUUUAUGGACAAUUUUUCGGUCUUUGGUGCAUCUUUUGGAAAUUGCCUAGCAAAUUUAGAGAAAGUGUUACAGUGUUGUGAAGAAUCUAAUUUGGUGCUUAACUGGGAAAAAUGUCACUUUAUGGUUCAAGAAGGUAUUGUGCUGGGACACAAGAUCUCUAAAAGAGGAAUUGAGGUGGAUAAAGCAAAAUUAGAUGUUAUUGAUAAAUUUCCACCCCCAGUUAAUGUGAAAGGCACACGGAGUUUUUUAGGUCAUGUUGGAUUCUAUCGACGAUUCAUUAAAGACUUCUCCAAAAUUGCUAAACCCUUAAGCAAUUUGCUGAAUAAGGAUGUUAUGUUUAUGUUUAAUGAAGAAUGUUUAGAAGCCUUUAACACUCUCAAAGCCAAGUUGGUUUCUGCUCCUGUGAUUACAGCACCAGACUAG